AUGAGCUUGCCUGCAACCAUGAAAAUUGUGGGGGUAGUUCCUGGAGUUGUCCUGAUUUGCCUUGGAACCGUUGGAAAAGUUCUAGCUCAAGCUAGUAUUAUCAUAAACAACAUUGGCGGUCUGAUUGUGUUUCUGAUCAUAAUCGAGGAUGUGCUAUCAGGAUCAACUUCCAGUGGGGUUCACCAUGCUGGUAUUUUGGAAGGCUGGUUUGGAGAACAUUGGUGGACUAGUCGUGCCGUUGUUGUUCUAGUCCUAACAGCAGUUGUAUUAGUUCCCUUUUUAUGUUUCAAGCGCAUUGAUUCCUUAAGAUUCACGUCUGCUAUAUCAUUUGCAUUGGCGGUUGUGUGUCUGGCUGUUGUUAUUGGAAUCACAAUAUACAAAUUCAUAAUGGGGAGCAUAGAGGCGCCUAAAUAUUUUCCUACUAUUACCAAUCUGUCAUCCUUUUGGGAGCUCUUCACUGCUGUACCUGUUGUUAUCUUUGCAUACCUCUGCCACUAUAAUGUUCAUCCAAUUGCUAAUGAGCUUGCUGACUCUCCUAGUAUGCCAACAGUGGUGAAAACUUCAGUUGCUCUCUGCGCCAUUGUGUAUGUAAUGACAGGCUUAUUUGGGUUCUUCUUGUUUGGUGACUCCACUCUUUCUGACCUGUUGUCCAACUUCGACACUGAUCUAGGCAUACCAUACAACUCCCUCUUCAAUGAUAUUGUUCGAAUCAGCUAUGCAGGUCAUAUCAUGCUUGUUUUCCCCAUUAUUUUCUUCCCUCUGCGCCUCAAUGUGGAUGGCCUCCUUUUUCCCUCAGCUGCACCUUUGUCUUCAGACAACUUAAGGUUUGGACUGGUCACUGUUGGGCUCAUUGCCAUUAUUCUGCUAGGUGCAAUAUUCAUUCCGAGCAUAUGGGUAGCGUUUGAGUUCACUGGAGCAACUGUUGGAGCUUUACUUGCCUUCAUCUUUCCAGCCUGUAUUACUCUCAAGGACCCUCAUGGUAUAGCAACGAAGAAGGAUAAGAUUUUAUCCGUGUUCAUGAUCAUUGUUGCAGUAUUCUCAACUGUGGCAGCCAUAUACAGUGAUGCAUACUCUUUGUUAACAGCAUGAGUUGGGAAUGAGUCAAAUCAGUGUGCUAACAGAAUCACAGAAUAAAAUCAUCAGUAAUAAGGUCUUUCCAA